AUGGACCUCCCCUUCCUCUUCCCAGACAAGAAGGAGAAGAAGAAGGUUAGCAGAAGAGGCGGGAACAACACCCAAAACCUCAAACAAUACAACCCGAAAUACACAGACCAACCUCUCAAACUCCCCGCACGCAAGGCCCCGGAACUCAAUAGAGACCCAGCCACAGAGGUUACCCCUCUGCCAGCGAAAAGGGCAAAGACUUCCAAAAUCGAUAACUCUGUUCGGGCGUCGUCGACGAGUGACUCUUGCGAUACGCACUUGUAUCACAAAGCGCCUAGGAUGAGUGCGUGGGAGAAACAGAAGAGAGACGCGUAUGACACAGUGGAAGCUUUAUCGGCAUACAUAUCCUUUGCCGAAGAUAAUUUCCGCACCAUCCCUCUCAUAUCAACUACGGCCUCUUCCACCUCCCCUGCGUUUGCUUCCUUCUCGUCAAAAGAAGAAGCCCUCAGGUAUAUUGCAGACCAAACCGCCCGGGAGGAGGCUGAGAUACUAGAGCAUGGUCUGCUGGGGGUAAGGCCCGCUCUUGCGGACUGGGAUUUCGAGGCAUUGACCGCGAUCGUUCAGAGGGAGACUGAGGUGCUAGAGGCGGAAUCGAAGCAGCUCGGAGAAAAGUUGGCCCGGUGCGCUAAGCGUCUCACUCAGAGUGGGACAUGGUCCGUAGACUAUCUUGCGGAGGUGUACCAAGUGUCUAGUGAUAAGAUUAAGGAGAUGCUGUCGGAAGGGACUGAUAUAUAG